AGCCUUGAAAUGAAGACAUGGAUAUUACGAGGAGAGUUUGGUCGUUCUUUCUGCGGAACCCCGAAGAAUUUAACUCUGAAAAUGAUGCUGUAAAUCUCAGUUUCCUUUAAUAAGUAAAUUCUAGUACAGGACCAUCAGGAUGAAAAGAUGGCAGCCAUGCUCUUACCAACGGGUCCUGAUGGCUUGCGGCGGUUCACUCGCGAAUCCCUGGCUGCCCUGGAGCAGCGGAUUGCGGAGGAGCAGGCCAAGAGCUCCAAGGAUUGCACGGAGGCUCAGAAGAACGCUGAGACAACCAAACCCAGGGCUGACUUGGAGGCGGGCAAGCAGCUGCCUCGCAUCUUUGGGGACAUCCCUGCAGAGCUUGUCGGGGUGCCACUGGAGGACAUUGAUCCAUUUUACUACAAGAACCAGAAGACUUUUAUAGUACUUAACAAAGGGAAGGCCAUCUUCAGAUUCAGCGCCACGUCUGCAAUUUACAUAUUAAGUCCAUUUCACUUCAUCAGAUCAAUUGCCAUAAAGGUUUUAGUCCAUGCAUUGUUUAGCUAUUUUAUAAUGUUCACCAUCCUGACCAACUGUUUCUUCAUGGCCAUGUCCGAUCCGCCAACAUGGACCAAAUACUUGGAGUACACCUUCACUGGUAUUUACACUUUUGAGUCGGCAAUAAAGAUUUUUGCGAGAGGAUUCUGUUUAGUGCCGUUCACCUUCCUGAGAGACCCAUGGAACUGGCUGGACUUCACCGUCAUUGUCAUGGCAUAUGUCACAGAAUUUGUCGACCUUGGAAAUGUCUCUGCAUUAAGAACCUUCAGAGUACUCCGAGCUCUGAAAACCAUCUCAGUCAUUCCAGGUCUGAAGACGAUUGUCGGGGCUCUGAUCCAGUCUGUGAGGAAGCUGGCCGACGUGAUGAUCCUGACCGUCUUCUGUCUCAGCGUGUUUGCCCUCAUUGGCCUACAGCUCUUCAUGGGUCUCCUGCGACAAAAGUGCGUAAGGAGCCUCGAUCACUGCAUCAACUCCUCUUAUAGCCCCAACACAACCUUCAUCUGCCACAACAGAACCUGGAGCUCGCCAGCGGAUUUUCUCAGCAAUGAGGAUAAUUUUUACAAAGUUGAAGGACAGAAGGAUGCUUUAAUAUGCGGAUAUGGAAGCGAUGCAGGGAAGUGCCCAGAUGGAUUUAAUUGCCUCAAAGUGGGAAGAAAUCCAAACUACGACUAUACAAGUUUUGAUACCUUUGGCUGGGCUUUUCUGGGACUUUUCCGACUCAUGACCCAAGACUAUUGGGAGGAGCUGUUUCACCAGACUCUGCGCUCAGCAGGGAAAACCUACAUGGUUUUCUUUGUGCUUGUGAUCUUCCUUGGCUCCUUCUACCUGGUGAACCUGAUCCUGGCUGUGGUGGCCAUGGCAUACGAGGAGCAGAAUCAGGCAACCAUUGCUGAGGCCUGGCAGAAAGAAAGGGAGUUUCAGCUAGCCAUGGAGCAUCUCCGACAAGAGCAAAGAUUGGCAGCCAAAAGACAUGUACAGGAGACAGACUCUGUGGUGUCCCCAGAGCUGUCACCAUUCUGUCUAAAAGCAGGGAGUAUACGCCGCAGCAGCAGCAGAAGAAGAAGAUCUCACGGGACUCUUUCAGAGGAAACAGCAGCUGAAGCUGCUGAGGAGAAGCUGGUGCCUGUGGAUGAAGCUGGGCCUCCUCUGUCGCCCCUGCCAUUCCACCCUCUGCUGGCCACUCUCUCCUCUCACCCGCUCAGCACCAGGAGAGGAAGCCAGAACAGCAUCUUCAGCUCUUUUCGCGCUCGCAACAAUUCAGAAGCUGACUUCGGGGACGAUGAGUACAGCGUCUACGGGGAUGUGUUCAGGAGUCGGGCUGGUUCGACUGUAAUGCCCUGGAAGAAGAGGACAGGCAGUAUUAGAAGCCACUGCUCUCAGGUGUUAACUCCUAGUUUCAACGUCAACGGCCGACUGAACAUCUUCCUGGACCAGAACGGCAUCACCACCAUGGGUCUGCUCACCCCAACAUCCAUGCCAGCUCACAGCAUGGAGAGAUUUAGGGAAGAAACAAAGCCCAGCAGUGGAGUGGACACAGCUACCAGACCUCUCCAACAGUCUUCACCCACAGUCACAGAACGAUGCUCUGUGCGCAGGAAAAGAGCUCACAGCUCGUUCAGCUUCUUUAGCGAUGCCAUGGAGGAGCUGGAGGAAUCAAGGCAAAAGUGUCCCCCUUGCUGGUUCUCAUUUGCCAAAAAGUAUUUAAUAUGGGACUGCUGCCCCUGGUGGCUAAAGUUAAAGGAGUGUAUGAAGUUCAUGGUGAUGGAUCCUUUCCUGGACCUUGGGAUCACCAUAUGCAUUGUCCUGAACACCCUGUUCAUGGCCCUGGAGCAUUACCCCAUGACUGAUGAGUUCAACACCAUGCUCUCAGUGGGCAAUCUGGUUUUCACAGGGAUCUUUACAGCUGAGAUGGUGUUGAAGCUCAUUGCCCUGGACCCUUAUUAUUACUUCCAACAGGGCUGGAACAUCUUUGACGGCAUCAUUGUCUGCCUCAGUCUGAUGGAGCUGGGCCUUUCCACUGUAGAGGGACUUUCUGUCUUGCGCUCUUUCAGACUGUUAAGAGUCUUUAAGCUGGCAAAAUCCUGGCCCACACUCAACACUCUAAUCAAGAUCAUUGGUAACUCUGUGGGCGCCCUUGGAAACCUGACGCUGGUGUUGGCAAUCAUUGUUUUCAUCUUCGCUGUGGUGGGCAUGCAGCUGUUUGGCAAGAACUACCAAGACUGUGUGUGUAAGAUCUCCUUUGACUGUCAGCUGCCCCGCUGGCACAUGAAGGACUUCUUCCACUCCUUCCUGAUCGUUUUCCGGGUGUUGUGUGGCGAGUGGAUCGAGACCAUGUGGGACUGUAUGGAAGUGGCUGGGCAGCCUCUCUGCAUCCUGGUGUUCAUGUUGGUCAUGGUCAUAGGGAACCUGGUGGUCCUGAAUCUCUUUCUCGCCUUGCUGCUCAGCUCCUUCAGCUCCGACAACCUUUCCGCUCCGGAAGAAGACGGCGACCUAAACAACAUUCAGGUUGCCAUCGGCCGCAUCCACGCCGGCAUAUCCUGGCUCUUUGGGAGUAUCAUGGACUUUUUCAGCCAUGACUUGAGGAGUCAAAAGCAAAAAGCGAAAGAGGCCAGUCAGGUUGAGCAAAUGGUUGGAAAUCACAUAGAAAGCAAUGGGGGAAUUGUUGGAAGCUAUGGAGAAAAGUACAUAAUUCCUGAAGAGGAUAGUUAUAUGAACAACCCGAACCUGACCGUUAUUGUGCCCAUCGCUCCUGGAGAGUCAGAUGUGGAGUUUCUUGAAGAGGAGAAUUCAGAGUCAUCAGAGGACGAAGACAACAAACCAGAGAAGAUUAGCCUUUCAGAGGGCAGCACAGUGGAUAUGAGGAAGCCUGGAGAGGAGGAAGAUGACCUGUCGGAGAUGGAUGAUGAUAGUAUGGAGCCAGAGAAUUGCUUCCCUGAGUUGUGUUUGAGGCACUGUCAGUGCUGUGACAUCGACACCAGCCGUGGGCUGGGUCAAGCCUGGUGGCGGCUGAGGAAGACCUGCUACCAGAUCGUAGAACACAGCUGGUUUGAGACCUUCAUAAUCUUCAUGAUCCUGCUCAGCAGCGGGGCUCUGGCCUUUGAAGAUAUCUACAUUGAGAGGAGAAAAGCCAUUAAAACGCUGCUGGAGUAUGCCGACAAAGUCUUCUCUUACAUCUUUGUACUGGAAAUGUUUCUCAAGUGGAUAGCAUAUGGCUUCAAGAAGUAUUUCACCAACUACUGGUGCUGGCUCGACUUUCUCAUUGUGGAUGUGUCUCUGAUAAGCCUGGUUGCAAAUUCACUGGGAUAUUCUGACUUCUCUGCCAUCAAGUCUCUAAGAACCCUCCGGGCUUUGAGGCCUCUCAGAGCUCUGUCCAGAUUUGAGGGCAUGAGGGUGGUCGUGAAUGCUCUUAUAGGAGCCAUUCCCUCUAUUAUGAACGUGCUGCUCGUGUGUCUUAUCUUCUGGCUCAUCUUCAGUAUCAUGGGAGUCAACCUAUUCGCUGGCAAAUUUGGGAAGUGCGUGAACAGAACUGGCUUUAUCCACAGUGUCUCAGUGGUCAACAACAAGUCUGAGUGUCUUGCCAUGAAUGACACCCAGUUCUACUGGACAAAGGUGAAGGUCAACUUCGACAAUGUUGGACUUGGCUACCUUUCCCUUCUGCAAGUGGCAACAUUUAAAGGAUGGAUGGAAAUAAUGAAUGCUGCUGUUGAUUCGAGAGGAGUGGAGGAACAGCCUAGCAGAGAAAUCAACCUCUACAUGUACAUCUACUUUGUUGUCUUCAUCAUAUUCGGCUCCUUUUUCACCCUUAACCUCUUCAUUGGGGUUAUCAUCGACAAUUUCAAUCAGCAGAAAAGAAAGAUAAGUGGACAGGAUAUCUUCAUGACUGAGGAACAGAAAAAGUACUACAAUGCAAUGAAAAAGUUGGGAUCUAAGAAACCUCAAAAACCAAUACCAAGACCUGCGAACAUUCUCCAAGCCUUCUUCUUUGAUCUGGUGUCGAACCAAGCCUUCGACAUCAUGAUCAUGAUGCUCAUUAUUGUCAACAUGGUGACCAUGAUGGUGGAAACCGACGAGCAGUCGCAGCGAAUGGAGUCCAUUCUCAACAUUAUCAACCUGGUCUUCAUCGUUAUCUUCACAACUGAAUGCCUGAUUAAGCUCUUUGCUCUCAGAUGUUACUUCUUCACUGUUGCAUGGAAUAUUUUUGACUUUGUGGUCAUAAUUCUUUCUAUAGUGGGGAUUGUCCUUGCUGAUAUCAUUGAGAAGUACUUUGUGUCUCCAACCCUGUUUCGAGUCAUCAGACUGGCAAGAAUAGGACGUGUACUUCGACUUAUUCGUGCAGCCAAAGGAAUAAGGACUUUACUGUUUGCCUUAAUGAUGUCCAUGCCAGCACUGUUCAACAUUGGCCUCCUGCUUUUUCUUGUAAUGUUCAUCUACGCGAUCUUUGGCAUGGCGAACUUUGCCUAUGUAAAAAAACAAGAUGGGGUCGAUGAUAUGUUUAACUUUGAGACCUUUGGGAACAGUAUUAUCUGCCUUUUCCAAAUCAGCACCUCAGCAGGCUGGGACAACCUCCUGAGCCCCAUAAUGUCAAGCUCCCCAGAGGAGUGUGACAUUAACUUUGUAAAUACUGGCACCAAUGCCCGAGGAAACUGUGGGAAUCCAUCAGUGGGCAUAGCUUUCUUUGUAAGUUACAUCAUAAUUUCUUUUCUCAUUGUGGUAAACAUGUAUAUAGCUAUCAUCCUGGAGAACUUCAGCGUUGCCACCGAAGAGAGCACAGAACCUCUGAGCGAGGAUGACUUUGAAAUGUUUUAUGAGGUCUGGGAGAAGUUUGACUCAGAGGCAACUCAGUUCAUAGAGUUCUCGAUGUUAGAAAGAUUUGCCGAUGCUCUGUCGGAACCCCUGCGGAUCCCAAAACCCAACAAGAUCCAGCUGAUUUCCAUGGACCUUCCUAUGGUCAGCGGGGACAAGAUCCACUGCCUGGACAUCUUGUUUGCUUUCACAAAACGUGUACUGGGAGAGUCGGGUGACAUGGACACCCUCAAACAGCAGAUGGAGGAGAAGUUCAUGAUGACCAACCCCUCCAAAAUUGCCCAUGAGCCCAUCACUUCCACGCUGCGCCAUAAAAUGGAGGAGGUGUCUGCAGUUGUCAUCCAGCGGUGUUACAGGAGGCAUCUGGUGCGACGCCAAAUGAAGCAGGCAUCUUACCUCUACAGACAAAUCAACUAUGAGACUGUGGUAGAUGUGGAGAAUGCACCUGAGACCGAGGGGCUUAUAGCUUCCAUGAUACAGCACUUCAGUCCUAUAGCGAUUCAAGUUGAACAGACAGUGGAGGACAUUUUGUCCUCACCACCAUCUUAUGAUAGUGUGACUCGGGGGACCUGCAUAAGCCCCUCUGCUACAGUCAGAGCCACAUCUAGAUGCCCUGAACCCGGGGAUCCGGCUAAAAACUACGAGGAAACAUUUCUUUGAGACUGUAUGGACAGUGAUUAAAUUGUUUCUGUCAGUGUUAUUCACAAAAAAGAGCUUCGAUUGAACUAUAAUUAUUAUCAAACUGAUUUUUUAUGGUUUUAUAAGAUGCAGAGGAUAUAUGCAUUUUUUUAAAGUAGCUCACAGACUAUUUUAGUAGACGACACUCCUAAAUAGAUGAAACUUUCACAUCGACAUUAGGUUCUAUAGUUAAUAUUUUCAAAACAUCUCUGGGAAGUUUGGAGGGAGGUUCUCAUAUCAUCUUACUGUGAUCUGUGUGAAGGUCAGUAUUUAAAUUCCAGACACUAUAUCACAAUAAUGAACUACUCUGUCAGCGAUUUGUACAUGCAGUGGUACUUAAAGGUUAGGGCCAGUCUCACUCUGAUGUUCCAUAAACUAUCUCAUAAUUUUGUGUAAGUAAUAACUUAUCUGCACUUUAAUUAAAACACUGGAUGGUCAUUUUGUUGAUUGUAUGAAAAAUUAAUAACCUUAACACUUAACCUCUAAAUUUCCCAUACAUUUGGCACUUACAGAUCUGUAAUAUUAAAUCAUUUCCAAUGUGAAGGGUUAAUGCUGGUGUUGGUCAUGAAAAGUGCUUUAUAAUGCAUUUUUUCAUUUUAUUCAGAUCUCCUUUUUUAGGUUGCCUUCUCCUUGUUUUUUAUGACUUGUGUGAAAACCUAAGGUCUUCUGCAUGCAAAAAUUUAGAAUGUUCAAACGGUGACGCACCACUGCAUCAACUAUCAAUAUAAUUGCUUUGUCAUAAAACCUGUGUGAUGAUCAAGUUCUCAUGUACAGUUUUAAAAUAUUUGUCAUCAGUAGAAUGUACCUGUAACCUUUAAGCAGAGGCUUUUACUUAAGUUUAGUCCAAAGCUGGAAAAUGAUCUAGGGGAUUUCCUUUAAGUCUACUGAAGAUAUAUUCUUUGGCAGAUUUACGUUUACUUAUUUAUGAAUACGUUUUACUAAGGAUCUGUUCACAGAAAUGUUUCUGAAUCAAAAGUCAAGGCAGUAAGAUAUGUAAAAAAAAGCUAACUAAUAACGAAGGCCUUUAAACUUUUUUUAUUAUUAAAAAGAAAUUGCGGGCAAACGUAUUUGGCUAAUUGUUUGUUAAAUUUCUUCUACAGAGCUAAGGGCUGGUUAUAAAAACUGUAUGUCUGAUAAAACAUUAUUGAUAACAUCCAACAUUUUCAAACCAGUCUUGACCAAUGGCCACUUCCAGUUACAGAAACAGUGCCUACAGUGCAUUCAAACCCCAAAAUUAAAGGGUUAAACCUUCCACUUUUUCACAAUUUGUCAUGUUACUUUAACUUCAAUGUAUUUCGUUGGAACUUUAAAUGAUAGAAUAACAUAAAGAUGCAGUAGUGAAAAAAACAACACCACAAAGUAGCACAUAACUGUAAAGAGAAAGAAAAAGGAUGCAUGGUUUCCACAUAUUUUUAAACAAAGAUCUGAAAAGUGUGGCAUUCAUUUGUAUUCAGCACACUUAGGUCAAUAAUUUGUAGACCCUCCUUUAGCUGCAACACCAGCUUAAAAUCCCUUGGGCUGGGUCUCUACCACCUUUGUUCUGCUAGAAGAUGAACCUCUGCCCUAGUCCCAGGUAUUUUACAGCCUGUAACAGUGUUUCCUCCAACAUUUACAGUAAAUGGCAUUUAGCUUCAUCCAUCUUCUCAUUAACUCUGAACAGCUUCCCUGUCCAUGUUGAAGAAAAGCGCCCCACUGCCUGAUGCUGCCACUGCCAUGUUUUAUUUUGAAAAAAUGCUUUUAGGAUGAUGUGCCUUGUCAUUUGUGUCUCACACAAGCUGGGCACAAAGACAUUGGGCUCAUCUCACCAGAGCUCCUUCUUUUUUCUUCCAUUUUACAAUCAUGCACUACUUUGUGUUGCUCAAUCCUGUUAUAUCCAGAUAAAAUGUAUUUACAUCUGGAGUUGUGGCCAGUGAAUGCUUUUAAAAGGUCCUGUAGAUGAUUGUCAAGCCUGUUGUGUAGCCUCAGCCAGGCCAAAUGUGACUAUGUUGUGGUUGGUACCAAUAUUUCAUUUUAAAACCCAAAUUUAUGUUGUGAACAUCAAAUGUCAAAACAAGUUUAUAGGAGAAGCAGGAACAAAGUAAAAUGGUAUAUACCCCUACACCCCUAUUCCUUUUAAACAGGAACGAAAGCAAUUACUAAACGUGUAUCAAUUGAUCAAUACAAUACCACACCAUCAAUAUCAAGCAACCCUUACCAAUUAAACUUUUUAACAAAGCAUUUUGCUUUGCAUGUUUGGCCAAAGAAUAAACUGAAGGUUUUUUAGAAUGUCUCUACCAUUAUAUUUUAAGAAAGGGUGCAGAGGCAAAAAUGUUAAUACUCUCUUUUGUUAGCAGAUUACCUGAAUCUAAUCAAUAUUUAGAGUCAAUUAAUGUUGAUUAAUUCAUCUCUUAAUAAUUUUCAUAUUUCUGCCAUUGUAAAGUGAAUAACAUAAAUUUAUGUUAAGCCUAAAUAACUGACCAUCGUAGAAAUAUUAUUUAAUGAUAAAUUAAAUUAUUUUUUGGAUUACAGACUUCACAUGAGUAGUUGACAUUUUGUUUUCAACUCAGAGAAAUAUUAUUUAUUUAGCUUGUAUUAUUUACCUACAAAAAACAAAUUUUAUGGCUAAAAAGGAAGCACAAUCCUUGCUGUGUUCACACUUCAGCAAACAAGACCAAAAACAAAUCAUAAUAUUCAGUUAUUGUUUAAUAUUUAAUACAUCAAGAAAUUAAUGAGUGUAUUGUUAAGUAGGGCGGUGUGUGCUAACAAUCCCUAGUUCAUGUGCCUGAUUUUGAUCGUUGCCCGCACACUCCCCUGAAUCUCCUUAGAUUGCUUAAUUUGAUCUGAUGGGUGUGGAUUUUUAAAGUGGAGUGAAAACACUGAAAGCACGUUUUUAUAAGUUUUUGAAGAGGUUUGAAGCUGCAAUGUAUGUAAAGCCAAUUUCUAGCUAUUUUUGUAAUUUGUUUCUAAUAAAAGGGGUUCAUUAUGACCAUAGCCAGGUAUUACCAGAUGAAAAAGAAUUAUAGGUUAUUUUUUGUAUGAAAUAUAUUGUCCUUGAGAAGAUAGUUGUCCAUAUCACAUUUAUGGAAAGCAAUUCAUGGAUUGUUUUAUUCAGCUGCAAUAAAACUCUUUUCUCAUA